AUGACAAGACAACAGAUUCACGACUCGUUUGCCGAUCGGAUACUAACAAAGAGUACGUAUGACUUCAUAGUCGUGGGCGCCGGCAGUGCGGGUGCUAUAGUUGCCUGUCGUUUGGCCAACAAAUACGGCAAUAAUAUACUGCUAUUAGAGGCGGGUGGGGCUCAGGACGCCGUACUGACAGACAUUCCCGGUAUGUUUGUCUACAGUUCUAAGGACUCGAGCCGUUUCUGGCAUUAUGUUAAUCAACCGCAACCAGAGGUCGGGCAGGCGUUUUUCAAUCGCCAGGUGACUGAAUCUAUGGGUCGGGUAUUGGGCGGCGGAUCCACAAUGAAUCGCAUGAUUUACAAUAGGGGUAAUCAUAAGUAUUACGACAGUAUUGUCAGUGAUUUCGGUGCCAACGGUUGGAGUUAUGCCGAAGUGUUGCCGUAUUUCAAGCUCUCGGAAAACAAUACCGACCCUAACGUCAGUUCCGUAUAUCACGGCCGCAACGGACCGGUAGGGGUGUCGUCACCGGACAUAAUAGACCCUAUGUUAUUAGCCUGGCAAAAGGCGAUAAUUGAACAAGGUUUUCCCAUUGUAGACAUCAAUGGGCGGACACAAUAUGGCACAAAUAACAGCAAAGGAUGGUCUGAGACAAUCUACAGCCAACUCAUACUUAGAAAUGUCAAACAUAUGCCCCGAUUUAAAUAUAGUAUCAGGGUCGUAUGUGACCAAGGUCCAAUGGCUUACGGCGUAGAGAUGACAAUGGGAUACAAACACUAUACUAUUGAAGCUAAACAAGAAGUUAUAGUGUCUGCUGGUACGUAUGGUUCGGCACACUUAUUACAAUUGUCUGGUAUCGGCCCCCGAGAGCUGCUAAACACUGUGGGCGUAGGGCCCGUAUGGGCUGACCUGCCUGUGGGUCAACAUUUGCAAAACCAUAUUGGCUUCGCUAUACCGAUGCUCAUCGUUAACGCGAGCGCAGUAUUGCCGGCACCGCAGCUCAAUGUGCAACAAAUGUACCAGGCACUAUUUGGCCAACACACCGGUCCCUUAGCCUCUCAGAAUAUCGCUUACCUGUUGUUCAACUCGAGCGUAAAUUCCGACUGGACUUACCCAGAUAUAAUGAAUGAAGUGACCUUGGUCACUCAGCACGGACUGGGCUCAGUGAACGGCGCGCCCAUUGGCGAGCAGCGCAAAUCUGAAUGGGAUAGUUAUUUUGAGCACCUGUCGUAUAACAAUUUUUUGGAAGUGAGCCCGGUUCUAUUGCGGCCAAAAAGUGUCGGCUCCGUGUGGAUAAACACGACCGACCCGUACGCUCUGCCCGUUAUAAAUAACAACUAUCUGAAACACCCGGACGACAGACGGGCUCUAUUGGACGCCAUUUCGUACGCCUAUUAUGUCAUUGAAGAGACAUCUGUCCGUCAGUACGCGUACGUCAACCCGCAGCCAAUGCCCGGCUGUCGGUACUGCCCGACUGGACCCGUAUGGCAGUGCCAGUCGUAUCACAAU